GUUGUAGAGGAUAAUUUCCACAGUAAUUGGUUUGGUACAAUCGCGCAAACCACUCCGUGACAUUUCCUUCUUCUUCUUCUUCUUCUCGGUGGCUCUGAGAGAGUGAGAGAAGCAACAAUGGAGGUUUUCUACUACUUGGUGUUUGGAGUCAUGGCUGCCGUAGUGGCGGCGUUGGAGCUGAGUAAGACAAACAAAGAUCGGAUCAACACUUCGUCUUCCUUCAAUUCUUUCAAGAACAAUUACCUCCUCGUUUUCUCUAUUAUGAUGGCUGGGGACUGGCUUCAGGGUCCUUAUGUGUAUUACCUUUACAGCACUUAUGGUUUUGGGAAAGGAGAUAUUGGUCAGCUAUUCAUUGCUGGUUUUGGUUCAUCAAUGUUGUUUGGAACCAUUGUUGGAUCUCUGGCUGACAAACAGGGUCGAAAGAGGGCAUGUGUUACAUACUGCAUAGUUUACAUACUAAGUUGCAUCACAAAGCACUCUCCACAGUACAAAGUUUUGAUGGUUGGCCGUAUCUUAGGUGGUAUUGCUACAUCUCUCUUGUUUUCGGCAUUCGAAUCUUGGCUAAUUGCAGAGCACAACAAGAGGAACUUUGAGCAACAGUGGCUGUCACUUACAUUCUCUAAGGCUGUUUUCCUUGGGAACGGACUGGUGGCUAUUCUCUCGGGAUUGUUCGGCAAUCUUCUUGUUGACACUUUUUCAUUUGGUCCUGUUGCUCCCUUUGACGCCGCUGCGUGCUUUCUUGCAAUUGGAAUGGCCAUCAUAUUGGCAACAUGGUCUGAGAAUUUUGGAGAUCCAUCUGACAGCAAAGACUUGCUGACUCAGUUCAAAGUUGCUGCCAUAGCAAUUGCUUCAGGCAGGUUCAAAGUUAGCGUUAAAACUGUUGAUUCAAAGACUUCUCAAUAUACUCUGUCUCCAUUCAUCCCAUCCUGGACCUGCAUUUAUUUGCAAGCUAUGUUUCCUCAUUUCUCUAACACAAUCUAUGAUGAUUUCUCAGAUGAAAAGAUUGCAUUGCUGGGUGCUAUUCAGUCUCUAUUUGAAGCCUCAAUGUACACCUUUGUUUUCCUCUGGACACCAGCUCUUAGCCCAAACGAUGAAGAAAUUCCACAUGGCUUCGUUUUUGCAACCUUCAUGUUAGCCUCGAUGUUGGGAAGCUCCCUUGCAGCUCGUCUCAUGUCUCGUUCAUCUCUCAGAGUCGAAAACUACAUGCAAAUUGUCUUUCUAGUUUCUGCUGCUUCACUUCUUCUCCCCAUUACAACAAGCGUCUUGGUGACCCCAUCAAAGGUGAAAGACGAAGGCUUGUCGUUAACUAGCUCCAUUCAGCUACUUGGUUUCUGUGUUUUUGAGGCUUGUGUCGGAAUAUUUUGGCCUUCGAUAAUGAAGAUGAGAUCACAGUAUAUCCCUGAAGAAGCACGAAGCACCAUAAUGAAUUUCUUCCGUGUGCCGCUCAACAUCUUUGUCUGCAUCGUCUUGUACAACGUGGACGCAUUUCCCAUCACAAUCAUGUUUGGUAUGUGCUCAAUCUUCCUCUUCGUAGCCUCCAUAUUACAACGACGGCUUAUGGUCAUCUCCGAAAAGCCAAAGGCAGAAGAAUGGAGUCCGAUGAAGGAGCGAAACUCGGAAGUUGAUCCUCUUACCCUCUGAUUGUGUUCCACUCCUAUGCUCGUAAUUCCUAA